CCCUGACUCCACCAGUCUGAAGACGGGUCCCAACCACAAACGUCGCCUAUCCAUGUUCUCCAGAGAUGCUGCCUGGCCCGCUGAGUUACUCCAGCACUUUGUGUUUCGCUCAGGGAGUGCCAGACUCCAUCCCCUCCCCGGACCAAGAGACUUUCAGCACUUUGUGGAUCGACGGGGAUUGUGAGACAUCGCAUCUCGGGGGGGGGGAGACUCGGCUCGGAGAGAGGGGAGAGUGCAGUCCUCGGUCUGAUCCGGCACAGGAGGCUGGCUGCUGGCUGCUGCAAGCAAUGAGCGGCACCUUUACCAUUGCCCUACUCGGUUGCCCCGGGGUGGGUAAAACAGCCAUCAUCCGCCAGUUUCUCUACAACGAUUUCAGCCCAAUCUACAGCCCGACCAGGGGCAGGCAGGUCCACAGAGCCUCGGUCAUGCUGGACGGCGACAUUUACGACUUGAAAAUCGUGGACGUCCCGCACAUCCCAACGUUCCCGACCACCGGCGCCCAGGAGUGGACUGACUCGAGGUGCAGGGGGAUUAGGAAUGCAAACGCGUACAUCCUUGUGUACGACAUCUGCUGCCUGGAUAGUUUUGAUUAUGUGAAAAUGAUACGGCAGCAGAUUGCAGAAGUCAGAUGCACAGCAUCGAGAAGUUUCUUGGCACAACCCACAAAUGAACAGUCACCAUGUUUUGGUGUCGUUUGCGAAGAAAGAGUCCAAAGUCCAAGUCCGGUCCACGUGCUGGAAGACCCCCAUUCCUGGAGGCCAAACACAAGGCAAGCGCCGAUCAUCGUGGUUGGAAACAAGAGAGACCUCCAGAAGCAUCGGUUCACCCCGCGCCGGAGUACCAGUGACCUGGUGAAGAGGAUGUGGCGAUGUGGCUACAUCGAGUGUUCUGCCCGCUACAACUGGCACCUUUUACUCCUGUUUAAAGAACUCCUGAACUGCAGCGUGGAUCCACGCUACAAACAAGGCCACCCCUCUAUCCGCAUCCAAGGGGCACUGCAGAGAAACAGAUGCAACGUGAUGUGACACUGUCCAGUUUCAUGCAUUAAAUCAGCAUGGUCUUUUUUUUAGUUUUCCUAAAAUGAGUUAAUUACAAGGCAAAAAUAGAAAAUUGUAGAAUAAAAUAUUUUUCUUAAAAUUCA